UCAACCAUAAUAUUCCAUCGCUGCUUUGUACUUCUCGGUCUCCUCGCUCCCACAAACUCUCAUUUUUUUUCAUUGCAUUCGUCUCGGCCUUCCUGUCUCUCUGCAGAUCGCAAGGUUUCCUCUCGUAGCCCGGUUCGCCUCUCGGCCUGUUCGCUCCUCUCGACGUCUCCUUGCCUUCGCUUUCAAUGUCUUCUCUCAGUCUCUCUCUCCUUUCGACCUCGUCGUCCCUCUGUGCUGCACAGGUGGGCCUUUCGGAACAGUUUUUUCCUGAGAAGCCAAUUAUGGUCCCCUUUAACAGGGUUUUUCUGAACAGCGCUUCAUUUUCAAAAGCUUUAUUGUCACCACAUGCUAGAAGGUUCUCAUCGGUUACUAGAAUAAGAUCAGUACAAUCAUAUGUGAAGGCCUCCGAGGGCUCAUCAUCUGUGACAUCUAAUGGGAAAAAUUCACAAGGGACAGCGAAGAACAUUCAUAAUAAGGAGUCUACAUUUCCUUUUGGGUUGGAGGCACUAGUGUUGGACGUAUGUGAUGAAACAAGUAUUGCUGAGUUAAAAGUGAAGGUUGGUGACUUUGAACUGCAUCUAAAACGGGCUAUUGGAUCCACGAAGACAUCCGUAUCCACUGCACUUCCCAUUGUUUCCCCUUCCACCGCUCCUCCCAUUCCUAGCAUGCCAAUGUCAGACUCAAAUCCUGCUCCUCAGCCUUCUGCGCUUCCACCAAAACCCUCUCCAGCACCAAGCAGUCCGUUUUCAUAUGUCUCAUCUGUUAAGGAAUCAAAACUGGCCUCUUUGGAAGCAUCAGGUUUCAGUGGAUAUGCUAUUGUGUCAUCUCCUACGGUUGGCUCUUUUCGAAGUGGCAGAACAGUGAAAGGGAAGAAACAGCCUCCCACCUGUAAAGAGGGUGCUGUAAUCAAAGAAGGGCAGGUCAUCGGCUACUUGGAUCAGUUUGGCAACGAGCUUCCAAUUAAGUCGGAUGUUGCUGGAGAAGUACUGAGGAUAUUGUUCAAGGAUGGAGAACCAGUUGGUUAUGGAGAUCCACUCGUUGCAGUUCUACCUUCCUUCCAUGGAAUCAAGUGAGUUGCGUGCCUCAGCAGCACUGUUGUUGUUUGUGAUGAAACCUGCUCAAAAAUGCUUGUUCGUUUGCCUAUUUUUUUUGCCCUUCACUUCAGCAGCCAUGACUUUGUUGUAAUGAGUUGUAAAUCAUGAGAAAAUUAUUGAAUUGGAGAUUUUAGAAAUAAAUUUUAUGCAUCUGCCAAGGCCUUAUCAUUUAUUCUCCUGUUGUAUCCAAAGUAUUGUACACUCUAUUUUUGCGGUACUCAAGGAGCACGAUAAUUGACAUCAUGUUCAUUAGUUUCUCUUUUAUCUGUGUAAUUUGAUUCAGUGACAGAAACAUCUUUUUUUUGCUCUCAAGUUUGCUUCUUUAACAUGCAAAAUGUUUCAGAAAGAUCGAGGGUUUUGAUCGUCUGGGCGGCUGGAUCCAUCUUGUUAGGAUUAUUGUUAAUUUAUUUAUUUAUUUUCACUUUUUAAGAAAUGACGCCACCUCGCUACGCAGGUUUGCAUGAACUACUUCGCUGUUGUAUUUUUGAUUGAUGGUACAAGGACUUCUGAUAGGAAUGUAUGCAGGCAUGAGACUAUGCAGGUUUGUGGCGUUAAUAUUUUUUUUGGUAAUUUACUGUUGACCCUAAAAAAAAAAAA